UUAUCUAUCUUCGGGAUGGUGCAGUACGGACUCAGGAACUUAUGGGAGCUCCUCAGUACCUCGGAAACUAAAAUAGUUUGUAUCCCUGCCUCCUUCCUCGCUGAACUGCGCGAAACAUGCCUUGCCGAUCUCAAAAAUGACGACGACGACGGCAGCGAUCCCCCCUUUUUAAGCGACGGCGAUAUCAUCUGCGCCUGGUGGACCCGCCUCGCCAUCUCGCACUUGCCUUUUGACUCCCAACGCACCGUGGCCCUUAACAACGCGUACUCGCUUCGUAAGACCUUAGAAGCCGACCUGCUACCCUCGAUUGAUAAAUGUUGCGGUUACCUAUCCAACGCGGUUGGUUUCCUUACCGUACUGCUACCAGUGCAUAGCAUCAAGAGUAGGCCACUUGGCCACCUCGCGAAGCAAGUCCGGCGCUCAAUUGAGGAACAAGGCACCCGUGCCCAAGUCGAGGCAUCGAUGCAUAUGUGGCGCGGCUCAUGGGGAACUCUGCCGCCGUUCUUUGGGGAUCCGGGAAUGCACCAGAUUACCAUCUCCAAUUGGAGCAAGGCGUCGCUGUUUGAGACGGACUUCUCCGCUGCUGUUGUCGCUGCUGGCUCGAAUGAUGUAGAGGGGGGCACAAAAAGGGGAGGUAGCAAGACAAAGCUGGGGAGGCCAAUGUAUGUACAGAAUGCCCAGUUUGGGAUCUGUCUUCCGAAUGCAUUUCCUAUCAUUGGGAAGGAUGGAGGGGAAUUACUGGAUGUCGGAAUAUUUGAAACAGGGCCUUUGGGGGAAGAUUGAAGAGCAGCUCGCAAAGGCGUAGGAGGAGUCCGAGGCAAACUUUCCAAUCCUUCAACGUGAUCUGCAACAUUCUUUGCAUCGAAAACUCUGUGGCCUUAACUGAUGUCGGCGAAGAAUAUCCUUCUGGUUAUCCGGCGAGGUCAAUAUGUGCGUAUUCUUGUCACUCUCUGUCGACAGCCCCCAAACCAGCAUCGGGCGCAGAGAUUCUGCCCACUCGCACCGUCUAUUUCGAACGUCCCGUACUUCAUUGAAAUAUCACGGGACUGCAGCUUCUUGUCGUCGAAGCCUCUGUCCCAGAGUAACUUGGAAAAUAUGUUCUCAUCUACAAUCUUGGAUGAAAGGUCUGCGCAGCCGAUUUCGAUAGCUAUCCAUCCAAUAUUCCUUAAACAGUAAUAG